UUUCUAUUCUGUGACUUAACCUAAUAUUCAAUGUUUAUUUUAUCUUUGAAUUUCAUCAAGAUUUUAAUUGAAAAUAAAGAUGAAAUUCGAAAAGAAAUUGAGGAGACACUAUCACACUUUAUCAAAAGAUGGUAUUAAAGUUUCGACCGAUCCCACUAAUAUAAUUGUUAUUUGCAAUGCAGGUUUGGUAAAUGGUCUUUCAGAAGAAAAAGUCCUUAGUUCAUUCGAGAAAUAUGGUGAAAUUGCAGAUUUGUUCAUGUUACCAGGAAAAUCUUAUUGCUUUGUGUUUUUCAAAUCAAUAGAAGAUGCAAGUUCCUGCUUCAACUCUUGCAAUGGAUGCUUACAAAUAGCCCAAGAUGAUAAACCUGUAUUUCUAGGGUUUGUUUCAUCUCUACCAUUAAUAAAGGAUGAAAUAAAAUGGGAAUACCUUCCACCAGGUUUGAUAAUUCUAGAAGAUUUUAUUACUACAGAAGAAGAAGAUUUACUGAUAAGAAUACAGAAUUUUGAUGGAUCUGAAUCAGGAUUAAUGAAAAACCGACAAGUGAAACAUUUUGGGUUUGAAUUUAAAUAUGAUACUAACAAUGUUGAUCCAAAUAAUCCUCUUACAGAAAAAAUUCCGGUGGAUUGUGAGUUUCUUUGGACAAGAUUAGGUGAAAGAUGUAAUAAGUUCAAAGAUUUUGUACCAGAUCAGCUAACAGUAAAUCAUUACCUCCCUGGACAGGGAAUUCCUGCUCAUGUUGACACCCAUUCUGCCUUCAUUGAUCCAAUAAUAUCGUUAUCAUUGGGUUCCUCAAUAGUAAUGGAGUUUAAGAAUGACAAUAUAGCUCAUUAUUGUGUGAAUUUACCCAGGAGGUCACUUUUAAUUAUGUCAGAAGAAAGUCGGUACUUUUGGACACAUUGUAUUACUCCUAGAAAAUUUGAUGUAAUAAAAAAAAAUAACAGAUGCACUUUAUCUGUGAGAGGUGUGAGGAUCUCUUAUACUUUCAGGAAGUUGAGAAACGGGGAAUGUAAUUGUAAAUUCCCUAGUAAAUGUGAUACUUUUUUGUCUAACCAAAAAUUCAGCAUCAACGAUGAAAAAAUUGCUGCUAGAUUGGAGCAAACUCAUGUACACAAUGUUUAUGAGAAAAUAGCUGAUCAUUUUAGCGAUACAAGACAUAAACCUUGGCCUAACAUUUUGAAAUUUUUAGAAUCUCUGGACAAAGGUUCAGUUUUAGUUGAUAUUGGCUGUGGAAAUGGAAAAUAUUUAGGAAUCAACAAAAAUACAUUGAACAUAGGUUGUGAUAGAAGUUUUAGCUUGGCAGAUGUUUGCAGAGAUAGAGGCUUCCAAUCUUUAGUAUGUGACUGUCUGUCUCUGCCAUUCAGGAAUGAAAUAGCAGAUGCAUGUAUUUGUAUUGCUGUAAUACAUCAUUUAGCUACAGAGGAAAGAAGACAGCAGGCGAUCAGGGAGAUUGUACGAAUACUACGACCUGGAGGAAAGGCUCUUGUUUAUGUUUGGGCCAAAAAUCAAUUUAAAGAAAACAAAAAAUCCAAUUAUAUCAAACAAGAGAAAAAAGAAGAGGAUAAUGUAAUUCCUGAAGGAUUAACCCUUGAGAAAGGAGUUUCUUUACCAAUACAUACUAACCGAACUCAAUUCAAACACAAAGAUCUACUUGUUCCAUGGAAAUUGAAACAAAAUUCUGAAGAAAAAGGGACAUUCCUUCGUUAUUAUCAUGUAUAUGAAGAAAACGAACUGGAAAAUUCUUGUAAUGAAUUGACCAAUGUAAAAAUUUUAUCCAAUUAUUAUGAUCAAGGCAAUUGGUGUAUUCAAUUACAAAAAAUUGAAAAGUGAUACAUUUGUUUGAUUUUCUAAUAGCAUUUUCAGAAUUAAUUCAAUAUAGACUUUUCAAAUUUUUUUGAUAGUGCAAUGUCUGUAUUUAAUGCCGUAAUGGAUAACACAGCC